UGUACCCGUCGCUUGGCGACACUCCCGCCUGGCGACACUCCCGCCUUGUGACCUCGACAAACCCUAAGCCCUGAGACCCAGGGGGCAAUCGGCAUCAGGGAUGAUGAGGAGCUCCAUUCAUCUUCUCCUUCGCUCGGGACGAAACCUUGUUCGCGAAUUCUCCGGGAGAUCUUCUUUCGUUGUCUCCAGCAGAAGACUUUCUACUUCCAUACUGACACCUGAGAAAGGCGUUAUUCCUCCAGAAUUGUUAUCAAAGCAAGGGGUUAUAACUCCAGAUCGUACUUAUGGUAAAUAUGAGGACCUAGUUACCAGGGUCACGAACUUCCAUAAUGAGGACAAAGGGUUGAUGGUUUUGGCUGGAGACGUGUUUGAUGUGCCUAUCAGGAAAGACAUUAUUCAUCGGGUUGUGAGGUGGCAAUUAGCAAAGCGGCAACAGGGAACUCAUUCAACAAAGACUAUUAGUGAAGUGAGCGGGACAGGUAAAAAGCCAUACAAACAAAAAGGUCUUGGCAGAGCUCGUCAUGGAACAUUGCGUGGCCCCCAGUUUAGGCAUGGUGCAACCAUGCAUGGGCCUAAGCCAAGGAGUCAUGCAAUCAAGUUGCAGAAAAAGGUCAGGCGUCUGGGUUUGAAAAUAGCAUUGUCUGCACGAACUGCAGAAGGGAAGCUCCUAGUGUUUGAGGAUUUGGAAGUUCCUUCACAUAAAACUAAGAACAUUGUGAAUUACGUGUCACAAAUGGAGAAUACUAAAAAGUUGUUGGUGGUGGAUGGCGGUCCUAUAGAUGAGAAACUGAAGCUGGCCACACAGAAUCUUCAUUAUGUAAACGUUCUUCCGUCAAUUGGUCUAAACGUAUAUAGUAUAUUACAGCAUGACACGCUGGUAAUGUCACGCGAUGCUGUCGACCGUAUUGUUACUCGGAUGCACACUCCAAUCAAUCGGUGAAAGUAACAGCUAAAGACGUGAAUAUUUUGUUACACUCAGAAGCGCUUCACUGAACAAUUUCCAGCCCAAUCCGGGAAAAGGAUUGAAAGACUGCGGCCAGGCAAGAUUUAGGACGCCCUUUUUUCACGGGAUGCGCAUCAUUUUUCUUUUCUUUUUCCCCUUGCGGGAAGUUGUUUGUGAGUUCACUUCUGUCAUUCGUGAGGGUAAGUGCAUUGUAGAAUAAGAAAAAAAUUUAGUUGGUGUAUCAAGCACAAAGACAAAUUAAGGCAGCUGAUCUUUGCAUCUUUCGGCUGUUUUAACAAAUUGGUUCCAUCCAAGAGUGUUGGAUUUAGAGCUCUGCAUUAUUCAUUUUUUA